GCGGCAAUGCGGCAUGUCCCUACAUAUUGUUUUAAUCCUCAUCGCAUUACCGUCAACGUUCAUCGUGACAUGGGCUCUGCCAGAAAAAGUAGAUACUUGAGCAGAUCAUCGGGCUAUUGUGCUGGAGGGUCUUUUUGAAGUCCACCAUUGGAUGCGUAAUAUAACAUUAAUAUGAUUUAAUAAUAAUAUCAUAAUAACGAAGAUAUGCCUACCCCCCUUAACCGGAAAGUGCAUGGUGAUAUAUAUAAAAAAAAAGAUGUAUAAGUCGUAAACGAAACAGGAAUGAAAAAAAGAAAAAAAAAAAGCUCUCUGAGCAACAGCGGCAAGUUUCUCUUGCCCUCUGUGCAGUUCUGUAUUUGUCUUCCUUGUCAACAAACGGUGUUGCUCCCUCCUUGCGGUUAUGCUGUCAGCAAUCGUAUGACUUCGAAGGAUGACGCCGCUUAUCUCUUGCAGCAGCCUAUCCCUGGUGAUUUCAGUCGGCCGCUUUACCUGACGAUUGCGCAAUGCAUAGCAACUAUAGGAGCCAGGCCGCUUACAGCAAUAUAUAGCAGCGUGUACCGACACUAUUAGCCUCAUCGCGUGUACGUGUCAUUGCGCUUCAAAGCGUAGAGUGCGGGGGAAGUGCGAGACAGCGGGGGGUUAUCUUAAUCACCCCGCGUUGCCCGGCGGAGCGGCAUUGGUGGAAGUGAAGCGGCUGGCUGCGGAACAGGCGCUCGGCAUCGUCGACAGGUUUUGCCGACGGCGUUGUUGUUGUGUCCGAGAGCACUACCUGGCGUUUAACGCGUGUGGCGAAGCACUGUCGUGAAAAGCAGGAGCGAUGGCGGAAAAGACCAAGGAAAAGAUCUACAAGUUCGGCGAACGUUUCUCCGGCACCAAGACGAAGACCGGCGAACCUCAGGACUACGAGGUCCUGCUGAAGAGAUGCCUGAAACGCCAGGAGCUCUUCGAAGACCACGAGUUUCCCUGCGUGAGUGAGACCAUCUGGGGCACCAAGGAACCCGAGUUUGGAGUCUUCUGGCAAAGGCCUUGGGAGAUAUGCGAAAAACCGGAAUUCCUGAAUGAAACUUUCAGUCGCUUCGAUGUCCAGCAAGGUGCACUCGGUAACUGCUGGAUGCUAGCAUCCAUGGCCACUCUGACUCUGCACCAAGAUCUGUUCAAGAACGUGGUGCCCGAGGGCCAGAGCUUCCAGGACAAGUACGCCGGCAUCUUCCACUUCCACCUGUGGAAGGCCAACCGCUGGAUCGACAUUGUGGUCGACGACAGGCUUCCCUACAGGGAGGACGAAGGGACGUUGGCCUUCGUAACUUCCAGCGCUAGCAACGAGUACUGGAGCGCCCUCCUGGAGAAGGCCUACGCCAAGCUGCACGGUGGCUACGCUGCCCUCGUCGGAGGCAGCGGCAACGAAGGCCUGGGCACUUUCACGGGAGGCCUCACAGAGCAGCUGACCCUCGAGCGUGCGCCCAAGAACUUGUUUCAGAUCAUUCAGAAGGCCCUGGAAAGGAAAUCUCUCAUCACGUGUUCCAUCAUCGAAUCAGAGAAGGGCGAGGAAGGACUACAUGCUUUUCAUGAGUACAGCGUCACUGGUGCCACACAGGUGCCGGUGGAGGGUGGGCAGGAGCAACUCAUUCGAAUCAGAAACCCGUGGGGAAGCGGAGAAUGGAGUGGCGCUUGGUCUGACAGAUCAGAAGAGUGGGCCAAGGUUAGCGACGAAGAGCGACAGGAGCUUGGACUCGUGGUCGAAGACGACGGAGAGUUCUGGAUUUCGGAAGAGGACUUCGUCAAGUACUUCCAGAUGCUUGACUUUUGCCACCUGGAUCCCGGUUCCACGACGGGUGAACUCAAGGAAUCCGCUUCGGAGAAGCAGUGGGAGGUUGCGAAGUUCGAGGGCUCCUGGGUGCCCGGGACGAGUGCCGGUGGCGCCAGCGACAACUCGGAGAAGUUCGCCACCAAUCCGCAGUACAUGGUCACCCUUCACGAGCCGGACGACGAGGACGAAGACGGAGAGUGCACCGUCAUCGUGGCGCUGAUGCAGAAGAACCGUCGCGUCUUCCAGGUCCACGACGAGAUGUGGCUGAACAUCGCCUUCAGUGUCUACGAGGUCGAAGACCCUGACAACUGCCCGGCACCCUUGACUUACGAGUAUCUGGCAGAUUACCGACAAGUUGGACAUAGCCAGUGGAUUAGCGCAACCCGCGAAAACACGUGCCGGUUCCGGCUGCUGCCGGGCACCUUCUGCGUCAUCCCGUGGACCGAGGAAGCCGACCAGGGGGGAGACUUCCUCCUCAGGAUCUACACCGAAAAGAAGUGCCGGUGCAGAGAGUACGAUGAAGUGCCUGCCAUCAUCACAAAGCCUGACGAGGACAAAAACAGUGAUGACAACAAAGUCCAACCGGACGAAACUACCGGAGACGAUGGAAACGAGGUCAACGGUGACGAAAAGGACGGCGACAUGAUCGACGGCGAAGAUGGUGGCGACGAUAGCGAAGAGGAGAUCGACCAAAGCCUCAAGGACGCCUUCAACGAAGUGGCCUCCGAGGACGGCACCGUCUGCUGCAGCGGACUUAAAACUUUGCUCAAGAACGUGUCCGAGCAGGAUGGUGGUCCUCUGGAUUUCUCAUUGGACAUAUGCCGAAGCAUGGUGGCCCUCAUUGAUGACGACUACACCGGUACGUUAAUUCUGGAAGAGUUUGCUGUGCUUCACAAAUACAUCAAACAAUGGAAGGCGGCCUUUGAUUCUUACGACAAGGGCUCGACUGGAUAUCUCAGCACGUAUGCAUUAAGGAACGCUCUUCGAUCCGCAGGCUACGUCGUCAAUCAACACGUGCUGAAGGCCCUCGUCCUGCGUUACGGCCACGACCGCAAGAUAAGCUUGGCAGAUUUCAUCGGCUGCGCCGUCAAGCUCAUGCGCAUGAUCGACAUUUACGACGCCUGGGACCCAGAAAACGAGAACGCUGUGACCAUUAGUCGAAACGUGUGGCUUAAAUACACGAUGUACUGCUGAGUAUCCACUCCCGUGUGUUCAACUCGGAAGCGAGUGUCGGAAAUGCAACUGUCGCUUUCUUGCUCGAAGGUGCUGCAUUAUUAUCGUCGUCAAAUAAAAGGCUUUUACUUUC